CGACGACGACGACGACGACGACGAUGAAGAUGAAUUUCCGGUGUCCCACGAGAUGGUUAUCAAGACUCACGAGCGGGCGGUGACUGCGGCUACAUUAGACCCUUCCGGCGCCAGGCUUGUCACCGGCUCGAUGGACUGCAGCCUCAAGUUCCACGACUUCGCAUCGAUGACACCCACGACAAUACGAGCCUUCAAGUCCGUCGAUCCUACCGCAACAAAGGCUUCGGCAAACGUAGAGGCUCAUCCGGUACAUCAGGUGCUCUUCAACCCGCUUUCGGCCAGCCACAUCCUAGUCGCGACUGCUCAACCGCAAGCGAAGGUUAUGACAAGAGAUGGAGAGACGGUGGCGGAGUUUGUAAAGGGCGACAUGUAUCUCAGGGACAUGCAUAACACCAAAGGUCAUGUGUCGGAGGUCACGGCGGCUACAUGGCACCCGACGGAUCGCAACUUGUGUGUCACUGCUGGAACGGACAGCACGCUACGGAUAUGGGACAUAUACAACCCUCGUGCACAAAAAGAAGUGAUGGUACACAAGUCAAAAGCAGCUGGCUCCGCCGGAAGAUCUCGAAUGACCGCCGUGGCAUGGGGCUCCUCUGCGCAAGGCGGGAACAACGUGCUAAUCGCUACUGCGCUGGAUGGAAGCUUGGUCAUGUGGAGCGGCGAGGGACCACACCAUCGGCCAGCGGCUGAAGUGAGGGAUGCUCAUACUCCGGAUACAUGGACCAGCGGGCUGGAUAUCAGCGCAGACGGCAGGCUUGUUGUCACUCGCGGCGGCGAUGACACGAUCAAGCUCUGGGAUGUUCGCAAGUUCAAGCAGCCGGUCAAUUCGGUGUCGCAUCCAUCUACGUCCUCCCAGUAUCCCUCGACCAACAUCCGUUUCUCUCCAAACUCCGCAAACAUCAUUACCGGUUCGGAGACCGGCCAUCUUCAUAUCCUGAACCCGGCUACCCUCAAGCCUGAGCUCGUCACCCCAGUCACUCUUGGCUCACCACUGAUCACCGUUUUAUGGCACCCGAAGCUCAAUCAAAUCGUCACAGGCUCUGCAAACGCCGAAACACACAUUCUAUACAGCCCCAACACGUCUACCAACGGUGCGAAAACAGUCAUGUCUCGCGCGCCGAAACGAAGGCACAUCGACGACGAUCCAAAUUUCACGAUGGAUCUCACGCACGGCAUGUCGAGCGAUGCCGUUGUGGUCCCAGGAGGCAGCGUUCCGUCCACAGCCAGCUACGCGAGCCGUCACCCCAAUGUCGGCCUUACUGCUUCCGGGCGGAGCAGAGAUCCCCGCCGACCAAAGGUACCCGCGCAGACACCUUUCGCCAAGACCAACCCGGAUGAGGAGUAUGUGCGAAGCCAAAUUCCCCUUUCCUCUCUGCGAGACGAGGAUCCGCGGGAGGCCCUGCUCAAGUAUGCGGACAAGGCGAAGAAUGAUCCGCUUUUCACGAAUGCUUGGAAGGAGACGCAGCCCAAGACCAUCUAUGCGGAGUUGAGUGAUGACGAAGAGGAACCGGACACGAAGAAGGCGAAGCAUUGAGCAUUGCUGGAUGAGGGACAGAGCCGGAAGAGCAUCACGUUGGCUGGAACGCGCAGAGAUGCAAGAGGCGGCCACUACUGGAUGGGAAAAGGCCAAUGAUUCGACGUUUUCAAACAUCAUUGAAUAUUGACCGAGAUGUUCCAUAGUUUCAGCUUCAUGUUAGCUGAAACUCCCUCAACAUGAUGCACCUCCUGCAACACCACUUGAAGCAUCAGAUCACGUGUCGUUCGUCAUGACCGCCAAGGCCGCUGACUCAGCUCCUCCCCACCCGCACAUCUAAUUCGGCGUCAUCCUUCCAAUCCAAACUUCCCCUCAUCCAG